CCAUUGUGGUGUGACUCUACAAAGAUUUCUUUCUGUUCAGAUUGCAGGGCUUCGGAAACGUUUCUUCUCGCUACAGCAAGAGACAGCAGGCUUGUUCGCGGAGCGGGCGUUCCCAACAAACCCACGGCCUGACCUUAAGGGCUGCGAGCAGAAAGAACAGUUAAUCCAGCACUUAGAACUGGCACAGCAAGUCCUUGAUAAUAAUAGUUAUAGCUCCACGGACAAAAAUCUCCUGGAGCUCUUGGACUUGGACUAUCGGAUGUUGAAGGAAAGGAUCCAUACCUUUCACCGAAAGCAGCCACUAACAGCCUGGAACAGUCUUCAAGAGUUCCAGCAUGGCCAGGCAAACAGCAACUGGCAAUCAGUGACGUUGUCACAGCUCAUUGCGCCCCAUUCCACCGCUGUGCUGGUGAGAGUGCAGCUAACCGCAAGACCAGAUGGGUACGGGUUCACUGUGAAAUGGAGUGGGGAUCAUGGCCUGCAGAUCGAGACUGCAGAGAACACAGGUCUCCAGCCUAAUGAUAGGCUCAUAGAAGUGAAUGGGAUCUGUGUCCUGAGUGCAUUGGAAGAUGAGCUCGAGUCAUAUCUUACCACCCCGACUGCACAAAUUUUGGCACUGCGCAAUCCUGCUCCCCAAAACCCGGGAAGUCUCAACCAGGGUGAAACAGAUGAUGUGCCAAAACUUGAUUAGAUUCUUGAAUAAUGGCCACACGAUGGCGCAACGGUAGAGUUGCUGCCUUACAAUGUCAGAGACCCGGCUUAGAUCUUGAGUACGGGUGCUGUCUGUACAGAGUUUGUACUCUCCCUGCACCACCAGGUGGCGCUCAUAAUGGCCGCCUCGCCAGCAGUCUGUCUUGUUAUUCUGUUUUUAUUAUUUACUAGACUAAGUGGGACCCGUUGGGUCCCAGCUUCACACGGGAGGGCUGGUCCCCCCCAACGCAAUAUUCCACCUCUCCACCAAUUCAAGCUUCAAGCCGCGGGUGAGGCGCGGACUUACCAUCUCGGAGCCUGGGAUGGCAGUGCAGUCUCGAAGGGCCGAAUGGCCUACUCCUGCACCUAUUUUCUAUGUUUUGUUGCUUUUUACUGUUAUGACUGCAUGGUAAAAUCAUUUCACUGCACCUUAUGGUGCAUGUGGCAAAUACAUUCGAACUUGAACUUAAACCCUUUCAUUGAGAUGGGCUAAUCGGUGUAAAGGAACCAAAACUGUCCAAAGCUGCAGAUGCUGGCUUAGACUGAAGAAAAAAGUGCUGGAGUAGCACUCUGGAGAACAUGGAUAUGUGACGUUGCAGUUCGGGUCCCAACUUCAGACUCAGACUCAAAACUGUCUCAGCCAUUGCAAAAAGCCUACCAAGGGCCAUAGAGAGAUGCCUGGAAACAGACCCUUUGACCCACCAAGUACACAUCAACUUUCAACCGUUUCCAUUUUUUAAAUCAUCCCAUGUUCCUAAUUUAGUUACAAUUCCACCGGUUGGUGCUUCGAUGGCAUCCUCGCCUACAGUCUGUCGGCCCUUCUCACUUUUUUGUUAUUUUUAAUGUGUUUAAAAGUAU